AUGACAGGCCUGCGCCCCUCCAAGUUCUUUUGGUCGCUCGUAGAGCGACCCCCCGUCGCGGUCCCCGAGAUGCUCCAACGUGCCAGUCAGUUCAUCGCCGCGGAGACUUGGAUGUCUGGAAGGCGGGAGGAACACAAAAAGGUCAAGACAGAACCGCCCCGACAGCAACAACCCGCCGCCUCUCGGCGAAAGUUGGACAGACCCGACCCGAGGCCUCCUCUUCCCGCCUUGAAUUCGUCCCGGACUGAAAUAUUUCUACACGAAAAGGGGAAGGGACUGCUCAAGGACCCUCGCCCGAUGAGGAACCCGCGGGAGCUCGUGGACCGAUCAAGAUAUUAUCGAUUUCAUCGGCAGCACGGGCACAACACUGAGCAAUGCUACGAGCUGAAGAGGCAAAUCGAGGAGCUUAUCCUCAGAGGUCACCUUGGCCGGUACCUCCGGCCGAACAAAGAGCAGUCGCCUCGCCCAGAAGGUCCCGUCGAGCAGCACAUCGAUGUGAUAGCCGGGGGCCUCGCAUCAGGGGGAGGUUCCAUGUCGGGCAGGAAGGCGUAUGCCCGAGCCGCGCCUGACGAAGCCUCGGGGCACGAGCCGGAGCCCGAGAUCACCUUCCCAACCGGAGCUACUGAGCGACCCGACCACGACGACGCUUUGGUAAUAUCAGCCAGGGUAGCCAACGCACAGAUGAGGAGGAUCAUGGUUGACACGGGGAGCUCGGCCGACGUACUCUACUUCGACGCCUUUCAAAAGCUGGGCUUGGUCAGGGAGAAUCUGAGCCCGAUGUGCUCGGCGCUCACCGGUUUCACGGGAGAUUCAAUAUCACCCCUGGGGGCCAUUACUUUGCCCCUGACUUUGGGGACCCCACCGAAGUCAAAGACUGUGAUGGCCACUUUUCUGGUGGUCGACCUUCCUACCGCCUACAAUGCCAUACUCGGUCGGCCGACCCUCAACAAGGUUAGAGCGGUCGUCUCGACCUACUACCAGACCAUUAAAUUCCCAACUCACGCUGGAGUCGGGGAAGCUACGGGAAGCCCCCGAGAAUCCAGGCGGUGCUACCUUACCGCCGUAUCAUUGGGCAAGAGAGCCAGGACCAAAUCGCCCCUGGAAGAUCCGCGGGAAAAGAAGAAAUUGACUCCCCAUCCCGAGCCGACGGGGUCCACCGUUGACAUUCCUUUGCAAGAAGCUCGGUCGGACCAGACCGUGAAGAUCGGAUCGGAACUACCAGAGCGGGAACGAGAGCAGCUCGUCGGUCUCCUACGGGAAAAUGCCGACGUCUUCGCAUGGUCCCCAUCGGACAUGACGGGCGUGUUGAAUCUCGUAUUUUGA